AUGAUGCUCAAUACACAAGUGAGUGAUGAAAUUAUUCAAUCCUAUGAAGAGAUGAGACUUGGAAAGGGAAAAUUCAAAGAAAGCAAGUUCAUCGUCCUUCACAUGGAAGAAGGUUCAAUUCAAAUUGAUCAAAAUUUAACUCGCUUACAAAAUCUUGAUGAAUUGGUUGACAAAUUGCCAGCAAAAAAUUCUCGUUUUAUUUGUUAUCAUUUGAGUUUUGAAAUGCCAUCCCAAACAAGUGGAUUAAGAGAAGGAAAGAGAACGAAAAUGGUAUUUAUUACUUGGUGUCCAAACGAGGUAAAUGUCAAGGAAAAGUUUAAGGUUGCUGCCACUUGUAAAACUGUCAAAGCAAAGCUUAAUGGAAUGUCAAUGAGUUAUUAUGCUGGUUGUAAAGGAGAACUUGAUGAAAAGCAACUCAUUGAAAAGUGUAUUACAUUUAUCAAGUAG